UACGUGCUUGUUAUGCCAUACAUACGGUUGCAUGCAUAGCCUCGUCCUCCAUAAGUCAAACACAAGUAUUGAUUUCAACAAUGGCUAUUUAUAGACCUCCUUUAAGCAAGGUUUUCUCGCGCGGUUUAGUUUCUUGGUCGCCUCUCAGUCUCAUCCCCAACAACCUCUCCCUUCACAGUGCUUUAGCCCCUCCGUUGCGUUCAUUCACUCUCGUUGCCUCUCUUUCUACUACUUCCCACGAUGCAUCUUCACACAAGACUGAUUUUCGCUGGAAACCGUUAUGCUUGUACCACACGCAGGGCAAGUGCACCAAGAUGGAUGAUCCCAUUCACUUGGAGAAGUUCAAUCACAAUUGUUCACGGGAGCUUCAAUUGAAUAUUGCUGAUUUGCGCAAAAUAUGCUCUCAGAAUUUUGACUUUUUCCUGGUGCUUGAUUUAGAGGGUAGAGUCGAGAUUCUUGAGUUUCCAGUUCUAAUGAUUAGCGCAAAAACAUUGGAAGUUGAAGACAUUUUCCACAGGUUUGUAAGGCCCUCAAAAAUGAGCGAGAAAAGAAUAAAUGAGUACAUUGAGGGAAAGUAUGGCAAAUUUGGAGUCGAUAGGUUUUCAAGUAUUUCUACUGGCAACAAUUUUAUUUUCAGGGUUUGGCAUGACACAGCCAUACCAUUUAAGGAAGUUAUUCAACAAUUUGAGGCUUGGCUGGAACAGCAUCAAUUGUUUAUGGGUGGAAAACUCAAUCGAGCAGCAUUUGUAACUUGUGGAAAUUGGGAUUUGAAAACAAAGGUCCCUCAGCAAUGUGAAGUGUCAAAGAUAAAGCCUCCUCCUUACUUUAGGGAGUGGAUUAAUAUCAAAGAUGUCUAUCUGAACUUUUAUCAUAGAAGGGCCACAGGAAUGGUUACAAUGAUGAGGGAGCUACAAAUACCGUUGAGGGGAAGUCAUCAUCUUGGCAUUGAUGACACGAAGAACAUAACAAGAGUUCUGCAGCGCUUGCUUGUAGAUGGUGCACUCAUGCAGAUUACAGCAAGGAGGAACCCUAAUUCUCCUGGAGAUGUCAACUUUUUGUUCGAGAACCGAAUCAGAUAGUGUCGGCUUCACCUUUGGAAUUUGUUAGGUUUCUUUUUAAAACUACACAUAAGAACCCAACAGAUUUAAUGGUUUAUUUCAUUUAAAAUCUUGUUUUGAUCUCAGAGAAUAACUAAUUAUUGCAUUUAUAGGUUUGUACGGUAGAAUUACAUGGAUGAUUGUGAACAUCUGCAUGGCCGUUUAAGUUUCCAAAAGGACGUCAUCAAUUUGCCAAAACACAAUCUUUAUUCUCUAAUUUAUAUUCACGUUUUCAUUUUGUUUGUUCA